AUGGCAGGCUACAAACCCUGCGAGGGCUGGGUGGCCGCGCUCGACCGCGCGAUCGCCAAGGAGGGAGCGCUCUCCAUCGUCGUGCUGCUGCGGCUGUCGCCGGCCAUGCCGCUCGUGCUCGCAUCGGCUCUGCUCGCGUUCACCCAGGUGUCGCUCGGCCCGUACACGGCGGGUACCGUCGUCGGCUUGCUGCCCUUCUCCGCGGUGUACUGCUACGCCGGCGCGGCGGGCGCGGAGGUUGCUGCCGACGCCGCCUCCGGCGCAGCGGGCGCGCACGAGGAGGGCCCGGUGCCGCGAUGGCUGAUUCUUGGCGCCGGCGUGAUUGCGACGCUCCUCGCGACGUGGAAGGUGGGCAGGGUGGCAAGCGCGGCGCUUGACGCCGCGACCGAGGAAAGGGAGGGCGAGGGCGAUCAGGUGGAGCUGCGGUGA